AUGAUUUGCCUGAGCAUUUACAAUGAUUCGGAAGGAUAUCAAGAUCUAUUCUUAUAUGAAGCGUGUAUGAGAGAUUUGCUGGAAAGAGCUGGCAGUCUCGGCAGAAUAAAAAUCCUACCAAAGGGAACUGCAUGGGCCCGCGACAAUUGGAUCACGAAUAGCAAAUGGAAUGAAGAACGUGAUUUUAUGAUGCAUAACUGGAAACUGACACAACUGAGAACCCCUCUCACCAAACCAAUACCGAGUACAUACGGAAUGUCUGUAGUAGAGACAUUUUUGAGGAACACAACGUGGCAUUAUAACAAGGAUUUGCUGGCAACUCGCCUAGAAAUCGACAAUCGAUUACUGGAAUAUUCACGAACUGUCGACAGGCGGCGAACACUUGCGAUGUCCCGUGUCCAAGAAAUCAGGAAGGGCUGGUUCGAGUCUAAUUCCAAGUUACCUCUCUGA